CUGUUUCCCACACCAUUCCAUAAUUUUAAAACCUUUUUUGUGCGAAAAAUUUCAUGGUGAAAUAACCACGAAAUUCAAGAAAUCAAAAACGCGUUUUGAGGCAUUUUAUAAGCUACCUACAAAACAGGUAAAAUGCAACCUUGCACGGUGUUAUCAACUGCAGUUUGAAUUCUUAUCAUAUUUUUUCCAAUGUCCGACACCUCCUAUACCUCGACUCCCACCAACCAUUCUGACUUUCCGGCGGGAAUUGUAAUUCCCAUUAUAAUAGUUGUCAUUAUUGUGAAGAUUGGUAUUUGCUUUUGGGUAUUUGGUGAAUGCAAAAAAAGAUAUCAGGUCAAUGGUGGUUUUAAACAAACAGGAACACCAGAUAAACAAUUUAUGACACUCACUAUGGAUAAAUUUCUAAAUGAUAUGGAAAGGGAGAAGCCAAUCAGGUUCACUGAUCAGCAGCUAAGGAUUGCAACUGAUAAUUACUCUUAUCACUUGGGGUCAGGAGGUUUUGGGUCUGUUUAUAAAGGAAGUUUUAGUAAUGGAACCAUUAUAGCUGUGAAAGUUCUACUUGGGAGUUCUGACAAAAGAAUUGAUGAACAGUUUAUGGCAGAAGUGGGUACCAUUGGUAAAGUUCAUCAUUUCAAUCUAGUUCGUCUAUAUGGGUUUUGCUUCGAAAGACACUUGAGAGCACUGGUUUACGAGUACAUGGUGAAUGGCCCGCUUGAGAAGUACCUAUUUCAUGAAAGCACCUUCUUAUCAUUCGAAAAGCUCCAUGAGAUCGCAAUUGGUACAGCAAGAGGGAUUGCUUACUUGCAUGAAGAGUGCCAACAGAGAAUAAUCCACUAUGAUAUCAAACCAGGAAAUAUUCUCUUGGAUAGGAACUUUUGUCCUAAAGUUGCUGAUUUUGGUUUGGCCAAGCUUUGCAACAGGGACCAUACUCAUAUAACCAUGACUGGGGGUAGGGGCACUCCUGGUUAUGCUGCACCUGAACUUUGGUUGCCUUUUCCUGUAACUCACAAGUGUGAUGUUUACAGCUUUGGCAUGCUGUUAUUUGAAAUCAUUGGCAGAAGGAAAAACCAUAACAUUAACCUUCCAGAAAGUCAGGUUUGGUUUCCAAUGUGGGCUUGGGAAAAAUUUGCUGCUGAAAAAGUGGAGGAGUUGAUAACUUCUUGUGGGAUAGACGACAAAGAUAGGGAGAUUGCAGAAAGAAUUGUUAAAGUAGCUUUGUCAUGUGUGCAGUAUAGGCCAGAAGCAAGACCUAUAAUGAGUGUUGUAGUGAAAAUGUUGGAAGGUUCUGUUGAAGUUCCAAACCCUCCAAACCCAUUUCAGUACCUGAUUGGUUGGGUUCCACCAACUCCUGAUACUGACACAAAUAUCAGUUCUGACUCGUCGGCAUUGGUAACCAAAUCUGUCCCUGUACUUGCCACACAUGCUAUCACCACCGACGAGAUUGAAUUAGCGUCUGUAUAAAUUUGUUGUGUUAAUCCAUCUGGACGUUCAAUAUGUGACAUUUAUAUUUUUCAUUUUACAUUUAUGAGUUCAUCAAAUGUAUCUACCAAGUGAAUUGUAUCUUUAUAUUUCAAAUAAGCAAUUGAAUAAUUAUUUUAGUUUUACAA